AUGUUUUCUUUCUCACUUCCCUUCACUCCGUCUUUUCCUUUCUUUUUCUUGCUUCCUUUUCGUUCUUACUUUAUUUCUUUCAAUUUCUUUUUUUCUUUCUUUCUUGCAAUUUUUAUUCUUCUUCUUAUCUACCUGUUUUACCGUCUUGUUUUGUCCUAUUUAUUUAAUUUCCUUCUUUCCUUCCAUUUAUCUACGUGUUUUCUUUCUUCCUUUCUUUCAAUUUCACUUUCUUUCGUCCGUUUUUCAUUUAAUUUCCUUCUUUCUUUCUUUCUUUCUUUUUACUUCGUUUUUCCUCCCUCCCUUUCUUUCUUUCUUUAUAAAUUUUAUAUAAUUUCCUUUUUUUUUUAUGAACCAUCUUUGUUUGACGAAAUAGCCUGGAUUAAGAAUGGCGAUUUUCAAGGAAAGCAAACUUUCCUGUCUUUGAGGAUUGGUGUCUCUCUCGCUGAUCGAUGUCUCUCACAUGUAGAGUUCCAUACAAAUAGCACCCUUCUUUUCUAUCUAUCUAUCUAUCUAUCUAUCUAUCUAUCUAUCUAUCUAUCUAUCUAUCUCUCUAUCUAUCUAUCUAUAUAG